CUGGUGUGACCCUGGCGGACGCGCUAUAGGGCACCCAGCCGGUGUCAGUUGGAGACGUCCACUGACUGGAUCUGGGGACCUUCUUGGUCCAUCUGGGGGCCUUCUUGGCCCAUCUAGGGACCUUCUUGGUCCAUCGGGGGACCUUCUUGGUCCAUCAGGGGCCUUUUUGGCCCAUCAGGAUUCUUUUCUGUGGGCUGCUUGCGCCCAACGCGCCUGCGAACUAAAUACUUUCAUUUUCUCUAUGAACUUCCAGAGUGCUAAGAAAUAUCUCUAGGCGUCUAAAAGAAAAAAAACCAUCUAGGAAUGCCAAUUGUUACCCGUAUUUUGAUGUGAUGUGUGUGAUGUGUGUCUGUGUGUCUGUCUGUUAAAACGACUGGAAUGAUUGUUAGGAGUCAGGGGCUCGCGCCUGACUUCCCCUAUGUGUAGUCCCACGGCAUAAGCUACGGGAUUCGAGUGGGCUCUAACCCGACUUCCGCGGUGAUCCUCAUACGGCUUAAGGCGGUCAAAAUUUAUUUUGAUCCAAGCAGGGGGUUUAUACCUGCCCGCCCAUGCUAAGAGGCACCUAAGUUCCCGCGAGGGACGCGGACGGGCGAGUACGCGAGUGCGUCUAGGUCAGUCUAAAUGUAUUGUCAUCCCUGGUCCCUUGUAAUCAUCAUUAUCCUAAUCACAAUUUUCUCCGUGGGACUAGCCGAAACGGCACCAGAGAACUGGAACUGUUGUGAACGAUUCUUGUUGGUGCUUACUUUUCUUUUCUGGGUCGGAUGCUUUAUUGGAAUCAGAUGUUUUCUCCGCUAAUCUAAAUUAAUUAUCCCAUCUUUUAUUUCUCCUUCCUCAGCCUCCUCCUGUUAGUCCAGCGAUAUCACCCUUCCCCCACCCCACCGCACUCCCACGGGCGCCCGGUCCUCUGCGCACCCGCCCGGCUCUCCCCGGGCCAGGCCCCAGCGCGGCGCCCCUCCAACUCCAUCCCCGCCAGCGAGGGCGGAAGGGGAGGGGUGGUCACCGAAGGCAAAGUGCGGGCAGGGAGCGCGCCUGUACUUCCCGGGCUCAGCGGAACCCGCCCACGCGGUCAGGCACGCCCCGGCCCCAGCCCCGCGGCCUUCUCUCCAGCCGCCGCCAGCACGCCCGGCUUCCCAGGGCCUCAGGGCCGAAAGGCCAAGCGCGAAGAGAACGAGGGGUAGAGGCGACGGGCCUCGGACGGGGAAGGGGGCGACGGCGAAGAGCGCGGGCUCCUCGGCUCUCACCACCCACACCCACACUUCACGAAUUCAUAACAUGGGCCAAACGCAGAGCACCCCUCUCUUCCUCCUCCUCGCCAACUUUAAAGAUGUAAGAGCUAGAGGACAUAACUUAAGCCUAAACAUUCAGAGAAAGAAGUUAAUUACUUAUUGCCGCUCUGAAUGGCCCACCUUCGGAGUCAAUUGGCCUACAGAGGGGACUUUUUGCCUCCCUAUAAUCCUUAAGGUAAAAUCAAAAAUCUUCCUCCCAGGGAAAGAUGGCCACCCAGACCAAAUACCCUACAUCCUAGUCUGGCAAGAUCUAGUAGAAAAUCCACCUCCUUGGAUGGCCGCUUUCAUAACCGCUAGGCCAUGUACCAUUCUUACAGCUAAACCCGUUAAUCCCCCCAAGCCACUGACUCCGACUGCCCCCUCUAUCCUCCCCGACAGCCAAGACUUACUUUCCCUUGACCCUCCCCUUUACCAGGUUCCCCCUCUUAUUCCGCAAGCUGCCCCUCUCCCUGCCGCGCCGGCAGAGCCUCCCGUAGCUCAACCCAUAGGAGGACUAGAAGAUAGGGAAGCUCAACCCGCGCCUAGUGGGGGCGAAAUCCAAGGGCCAGCUGGACGUACCCGUAGGCGAGCCCCACAUGAGUCAGGGCUCCACCUUCCUGACUCCACCAUAGCUCUACCCUUACGAGAAAUAGGGCCUCCCGACGAUACAGGGAACCCCCGACUUCAAUACUGGCCCUUCUCUACCAGUGAUCUAUAUAACUGGAAAACCCAAAAUGCCCGAUUUUCCGACAAUCCCAAAGACUUGAUAAGUCUCUUAGACAGUGUAAUGUUUACCCACCAACCCACCUGGGAUGAUUGUCAGCAGCUCCUCCGAAUCCUGUUUACCACCGAGGAGCGAGAAAGAAUUCAGGUGGAAGCAAGAAAAUUGGUUCCUGGAGACGAUGGCCAACCCACUGCUAACCUUGAUCUCAUUAAUGCAGCUUUUCCCUUGACCCGACCCCCACAGGAUGGCUGGGACUACAACACGGCAGAAGCCUGCCUCUGGCCCCCAAAAGCCAAGAGCUCUUCGCCUUCGAGUGGUCCGACCCUGAGAGAGGCAUAAAUGGGCAACUCACCUGGACCCGGCUCCCCCAAGGAUUUAAAAACUCACCCACCUUGUUUG